UUUUUUUUAAGUUCGAAAUGAGAUCUGUUUAUUUAGUGACGGGAGGGCGCAGGGUGAGGAGUCGGGGGAGCAGAUAUUUUAGGAAGGGGGAGGGGCUCGGCCGCCACCUCCCUAUGCAUUUAGGGGGGACCCGCUCACCCCGUGUCUCUUACAGGUGCUGCCCCGCCACCCACCCGCGGACAGAGGGACGCGCUGACUCCGGGGCCCACCCCGCAUCCUCCCGAAGGCGAUCUCCGGACACCCGACGGCUUUCUCCUAAACAAUCGCCCGUCUGCUAAACACCCCCGGUACCUCCGACUGCUGACCCCGACCGCCGCUCGCCGCUGCCCCGCGGGUGGGCGGGAGGGGAGGCCCGAGGCCAUGGAGGUGGCCACAGACCAGCCUCGCUGGAUGACCCACCACGCCGUUCUCAACGGGCAGCACCCCGAGAGCCACCACCCGGGACUGGCUCACAACUACAUGGAACCAGCGCAGCUCCUACCUCCGGACGAAGUCGACGUCUUCUUCAACCACCUGGAUUCCCAGGGCAACCCUUACUACGCCAACUCUGCCCAUGCCCGGGCCCGGGUCUCUUACAGCCAGGCACACGCCCGCCUGACCGGGAGUCAAAUGUGCCGGCCUCAUCUUAUCCACAGCCCUGGGAUCCCUUGGCUGGACAGCAGCAAGGCGGCACUGUCUGCCCAUCACCACAACCCCUGGACCGUCAACCCCUUCACCAAGACCCCCCUGCACCCCUCUGCGGCCGGAGCACCCGGGGCCAUCUCGGUGUACCCCGGCAGCAGCACGUCCAGCACCGCCUCCGUCUCAUCGCUCACCCCGGCCUCGCACUCGGGCUCCCACCUCUUCGGUUUCCCCCCGACCCCUCCCAAGGAAGUGUCUCCAGACCCCAACUCCACCAGCGCUGCUUCCCCUUCGUCCUCCGCUGGGGCCCGACAGGAGGACAAAGACAGCAUCAAGUACCAAGUGUCGCUGUCGGAAGGGAUGAAGAUGGAGAGCGCCAGCCCGCUCCGCAGCAGCCUCACCAGCAUGGGGGCCCAGCCCUCCACUCACCACCCCAUCCCCACAUACCCCUCCUACGUGCCGGCUGCUCACGACUACAGCAGCAGCCUCUUCCAUCCGGGCAGCUUCCUGGGGGGCCCGGCGUCCAGUUUCACCCCCAAGCCACGAAGCAAGGCCAGAUCCUGUUCGGAAAGAAAUCCGGUUUCUUCGUGUUUCCAUUUAGAAGGCAGAGAGUGUGUGAACUGUGGAGCAACCGCUACCCCUCUCUGGAGAAGAGACGGCACCGGGCAUUACCUGUGUAACGCCUGCGGGCUCUACCACAAAAUGAACGGUCAAAACCGACCUCUCAUUAAACCCAAACGAAGGCUGUCAGCGGCCAGGAGAGCAGGGACGUGUUGUGCCAACUGUCAGACAACCACCACGACCUUAUGGCGACGCAACGCCAACGGGGACCCGGUUUGUAAUGCCUGCGGACUCUACUAUAAACUGCACAAUGUGAACAGGCCUCUGACCAUGAAAAAGGAAGGAAUUCAGACCAGGAAUAGGAAAAUGUCCAACAAAUCAAAGAAAAGCAAGAAAGGCUCCGAGUGUUUUGAGGAACUGUCCAAGUGCAUGCAAGAGAAAUCGUCUCCUUUCAGUGCUGCUGCCCUUGCUAGUCACAUGGCACCUAUGGGGCAUUUGCCACCUUUCAGCCACUCUGGACACAUCCUACCAACACCUACCCCCAUCCACCCAUCUUCCAGCAUCUCAUUUGGACAUCCGCACCCAUCCAGCAUGGUUACAGCCAUGGGAUAAAACCUGACGACCAAGAGACCCACCCAGAGAUUGAGAACAUGGGGCUUUACCUAAGACGACACCAAGUAAGAAAAUGUUCUGCCAAGAGGAGAAUGUAGGGAUGGCAAAAAAGGGGAUCUCUGCUCCCGUGUGGUUUAACUCUUCAUGCUGGACUAAAGCCUUGAAAGAGAUGGGUCUUCUGCAGAAUCGUGUAGUGGUGCCUGUAAUGCACUUUGCCCCCUCAGGUAUAAGGAAAAGAAGAACUCACCUGGUCAAUAUUCAGUUGUCUAGCAGAAAGCAAAAGGUGGCAGAAGCAGAAAGAAGAGGCUGGAACUGGCUUUCCUUUCUCUCUUUGUUAUUACUGUGAAUAUUGUGAAGAGAUAUAAGCAGCCUCCCAGGAUGGAAUCGGCUCACUGGAAGCCACACAUGCUGGAUUUCUAUUGUGGACUCUGUUUGGGGAGGGGGAGGAAAAGAAAAAAAAAAAAGGAUGUCUUUAUAAAAACUUAAUUUUUAAAAUGAAAUCAGACACAAAGUCAUAUUUAUUUUGCUCUUGUUUUCCACAAAAAGCCUCAACCCCUCUGAGUGCAUGUUUUUGUGCUGUUGGUUGCAAUGGCUACCCUGUAUGAAAAUCUGCCUUCGUAAAUAUGGGGAGGGACAAAAUUCAGUGUCCCUCCUGAAUUUGCUCCAUCUAUCUUCCAUACCAAAAUAUCUCCUAGGAAGGGAAGAAAGAGAGGGUGGGCAAAGCAAGAACUGUAGCCGCAGCAUGGGAUUUCAAAGCGCCCAAGACGAUGAUUAUUUUUGACACAAUUUCUUCUUUCAUGUUAGGGAAAAGAAUGACUUAAUUUAAACUACAACAACAAAAAAAACCCACACAACGGCCCCCCUCCCUGCUAUCAUAUUAUUCCUUGAACCAGACAGCUCCAUCAGACUAACUGGUGGGAAGACACUCCCGGAAGGCAGUCCUGCACUAGCGAGGGGUAAAAUACCAAAUCGCUGCAGCUAACAUGCAGCAAAACAACAGAAAAAAAUGGCAGGGCAUAAACCCAUCCAACUCACAGACUGCAGAGGUUGCAGCAUUUUGUUCUGUUGUGUUGGCAGCUGUUGCUUAAAAAAUGCAGCUCAGCUCCUUGGGUAAACUUAGGGCAGCGCGGCAGCGGGUCCGCACGCAGCAAGGCAGCGUGUGCUGUCUCAGGCAUCCAGCCCCCAUGGACUUCGCAGGGAGGAAGGGCAGAAAUGAGGUUGAGAUCACUGGAGAGGGGAAAGGGAGAGACAAUCAGUUUGAGCUUCACACAUCCGUCAAAUCCCAGACGCAGCGACAGCUGAUGAGAUGAGGGAAAGCGCCGUACGGCCGCCUUCCGUAGUGGGUUUUGUAAGAAAGAAGGAAAAAAAAAGAAAAAAAGAAAAAAAAAUUUAGAGCUCCCAUUAUUAAACCACGUUGUACGUAAAUGAUCGAAAACAAAGCUAUUGCCAAUGUGAAGUGUAUUCUAUUGAUUGUUAUGAUCUGAUGCCUCUCAUGAACACAAGCUCCAGUAUAACAUACAGUGUACAUAUUUAGCUAUACUUCUGAUGAAAAUGCCCCAGUGAGCAGAGGGGUUUGAUAAUGUAAACCAUGUAAGCUUAACUCUGUGACAAGCUUCUUUCUUUUCUUUUUUUUUUUU